CACAGUCAGUUAUCUACUGCUGCUUACUUGUUAGUCUAGAUUGUAUGAGGGAAAUCACGUGAUGUCAGAACCUCAUGUCAUGAAUCUUUUGAACAAAGUGAGAUGUGCUCAGUUUGACCAUCUAUACAGUAGCAAGAGGAGACAUGCUACUACACGCAGACCUCAGACUGAAGAUGCUGAUGAUGUGGAUUACAGUGAUGCUUUUUAAUAAAAUUGCAGAUUCUGCACAGACAAACGAUGUCAGUCAGCCGAACCCACUGAUCACUGCUGAUGUUGGUGAUAAUGUGACUCUGCACUGCUUUAGACUGGGAGAAGAUAGCUCUGCAGUCAUCUUUUGGUACAAGCAAAAAGCAGGACAUGAGCCACGUGUAAUGGUCACAGUUCAUCAAGAGCCAAAUUACGAAGAUGAGUUCAAGUCACCAAGAUUCAGUAUCAAGAAAGAACAAACCAAUUACCAUUUAAAAAUUGCUAAUGUGGAACCAUCAGAUGAAGCCAUGUAUUACUGUGGACUGAGAGACUUUUUAAUAAGGUUUGGAAAUGGAACAUUUUUAUCAGUGAAAGGUGAUGGAAAUGUAAAAGUGUCAGUGUUCCAGAGCGGCGUGUCGGACUCGGUUCCUGCAGGAGCGUCAGUGACUCUGCAGUGCUCGGUUCUCUCUGAGAGCAGAUCAGCAGAACUCCAAGUGCUCUGGUUCAGAGCUGCUCCACCACAAUCCCAUCCUCAAAUCAUUUACACUCAUCACAACAGCAGCCAUCAGUGUGAGAGCGGCUCUUCUACACACACCUGUGUGUACAACUUCUCCAAGAACAUCCUCAGCCUCAGUGAUACUGGAACUUACUACUGCGCUGUGGCCGUGUGUGGGAAGAUCAUUUUUGGGAACGGGACACGAGUACAAUUGGGUAAGAACACAUUCUCUUAUUCAGAGUAAACAUAUAAUAUAUUAAUAUUCAAUACAAUAUUUAAAUUGGUAAAAUGAUCAUCAUUAUAAUCUUAUAGUUAUACAUUUAUAUCUAAAUUUAUAGAUUU